UCGCGAGACUUGGGGUGGGGUUCCUCACCGCCUCACCUGAGGGAAGCCGCUCAGUCCCUCCCGGGCAGCGGCAGAGAGCGGGUGUCAGGCGGACGACGAAGAAAUGUCGGCCCCAGGCUCUCCGUCGUCUCUGGGGCCCCGCUGGGCCCCGACCCACGUCCAGGUGACGGUGCUCCAGGCGCGGGGGCUUCGCUCCAAGGCCAAGGGCGGCGGCGGCGGCGGCGGGAGCGACGCUUACGCGGUGAUGGCGCUGGGCAAGGAGAAGUUCGCCACGUCGGUGGCCGAGCGCUGCCUGGGCUCUCCCGUGUGGCGGGAGGAGGCCACCUUCGAGCUGCCGCCGCCGCCCCGGAGGAGCCUGUCGGCGGGGGGGCCUCCGCUCUCGGCCGGGCCCACGGCCGUGCUGCAGCUCACCGUCCUCCACCGCGCCCUGCUCGGCCUCGACAAGUUCCUGGGCCGCGCCGAGAUCAGCCUGGCCGAGCUGCACUCCGAGGGCGGCCGCCGAAGCACACGAUGGUACAAGCUUCACUCCAAACCAGGAAAGAAGGAAAAAGAGAGAGGUGAGAUUGAGGUGGAUAUCCAAUUCAUGAGGAGCAACAUGACAGCCAGCAUGUUUGAUCUGUCCAUGAAAGAUAAGUCACGGACACCAUUUGGCAAGCUGAAAGACAAGCUAAAGGGGAAACGAGGCAAUGGAUUGCCAGACACAGCUUCAGCUAUUGUUCCUAGCAUUAGUCACUCCCCGGCUGACAGCGAGGAAGAGUCAAAUGAGAAAGAAAAGAAAAAAUCAAAGUUCAAGACCUUAUUCUCCAAACCUGGUUUACAGAAAAGCAACCUCUCUCAGUCCAUGUCUGUGUUACCUUCUCUCCAACCGGUUACAGAGAGAGUUCGACUUAAUCCCAGUGACUUUUCAUCGCGAUGGAGUGAUAGUGAUGAUGACACUUUAACUCCUGUUUCAGAGAAACCCUCCACAAAUGAAGAUAACCUGCUUUAUCCACCUUCCACCAAGUCUCAUAAGAGAACAGGUAGUGCAGAUAACAAGCAACUAAGCCAAAUCUCCUCCAGUAACACCAAGAAGGAUGUACAUUCUUUAUUUGGUGGACUGAAGUCCAAAAGUGACCCUACGUCCCGGUCCAAUGUGUGUAUCAAUGGCAGUCAUGUUUACAUGGAGGAGCGUGACCCCAAAAGUGAUACUCUUCCAAAAGACAGCACUCUAUCUUCCCCUCAGAUAUCCCAGCGAAAACGGCUCUUUUUGUCCCAGGAGAACUUGUCUUCUGAACCCAGUAAGGAACCUGAAAUGACAGGAAGACUACCAUCUGACAAAGGACCACCAGGGUCUUCUUCACUGGAGUCCUUUAAAGCCAUGACUCUACCAUCAUACAAGUUGCUGAGUGCUGGGGAUAUGCCAGAAAGCAACACUCCAGUUAUUUCAGACACUCCAAAAGAAACCAAAGAGAACAAAAAACAGGAGAACAAGAAAUCUGGCUUGCUGUCUCUUAUGACAGGGAAAAAAGAAGCUAAAGUUAGUGAGGAAGUAGAGAGCAAUGCAGACACCACUCCGAAGGUGAAGGAAGUAAAACGUAACGAAAAAGAGUUGGCCAAGAAAGAAGCAAAUCCUUUUGAAGUCCCUGUGGAUAACAGAAGAAGUCAUAGCUCAGAUAAGAGCAGCACUGCGGACCUCCGAAUCACAAAGGCAUCCUUGAACCCUUUUGACGAAAACAUCUCAGCAGAAGAGAAGCCAGAAAAAAACUCAGCUUCUGUGAAACCAUCUCAGACCAAACCUGUCAAGCCCAGACUGGGCGUGUCUUCAGAGGAUGAAACCAAAGCCACUUCUGCUAUUUCUGCACCUUCUUCUGCUUCUCUUUUCUCUCCUUCCUAUCACUCUAAUAAAAACAACCCUUUUAUCUCUAAAUUUGAUCCAGAAGAGCAACCUCGGGACACUGAUAGGUUUGCUAGUGACAACAAUCCGUUCACUAUUAAAUGGGGACAGAAAUCCAAGCAAGAUACUGAAUGCUUUAUAGCUGCUACUUCUUCUGCUUCUGGAAAUGAAAAUAAACCAUUUGCUCCUAAAAGGGAACAGGAAUCCCAGAUAGAGGAUUCUUCAAACUCUGCUAAGUCUCCCCUGCCUGUUCCUGCAACUUCUGUUCUUGAGUUGGAUCCUUCUGCUUUUCAGCUUUCUGAUACUGAUAAUCCUCCCGUGUCUAAAGUGGGAGAGGACUCUGAAAGUUUUAACAGUCCUCCAGCAUCUUUCUCCACUUCCUCCUUAGCAGGAAACCUUGAUGAUUCCAAGCACGUUCAUGUUGUGCCUUCAGACAAGCCCGAAAAGGAAGGUUUAACUAACAAGAUAGAUCCUGUAUCCAGUUUUCCUGGAUCUCUAGCUGGCAGUCACCCUUCACGGUUUUAUGAUAGGGUUGGACUCAUCCUGAAGUCUCAGGGCGAUGACAAAGUGCACAUAGUGCCACCAUUUAAGGAAAACCGAGGGAGCAUAAAGAAGUCGGUAACCUUUGCCCUUGAGGAUGAAAAUGUGGGGAGUAGUGGUGACGAUGCUUCAGAUGGUGAAGAUUCAGUUGAGAGCUGGCAUGAUGAAAACAAGAUUUCAAUAAAUCCCACUGAAAGGAAUGAGAGGCGAAGACCUGAACUAUAUGUAGAACAUUGUGCUGCACCUGAGCCCCAUAAUGGAAACGUACAGUCUCUUCAUAACAGUGAGGGUCCUUUGGAAAGACAGGCUGAAGCCGGCUUCUCAGUUAAAGUAGAGCCACCGGUUCCAACUCCGAGAAUUCUCGCGCCUUUGCCUAACAUGCCGAGGACUGUGUCGGGUAGCAGUUCUCUCUCUGAGCCCCCAAAGCCAGCACCAAGAAGUGCCCUAAAACAAAAAAAGAGUGUAUCUGUUUCUUUGAUGGACGAAUCAGAAACAGAAAAUGGGUCAAGCUCUGCCUCUACAUAUAAAGAAUUUUCUGCAGAAAAUUAUUUCAUCUCUAGUGAAAAACUAACAAGUGAUAGCUCGUUAGCAACUUCAGUAUCCAAUAUACUUAGUUCUGGAAGAGAUGGUGGAACCAUGGAUUCCUCUCAAAGUAUUAGUACCGAUCUCCCUCACUAUGCAACAAGCACACAGCCUGGCAGUUUGAUCCCUGGAGAUCUGAAUGUAAAACCCACCACCCUUUCUGUUAUUCCAGAAGUGGGAUCAGAUGAUGAGCAGCUGAGUGAUUAUCCCCAGGGUACUGAAAAGAUUGCAGUUUCUGGAGAUUUGUCCAGGAGUAGAGAUGUUUCCUCAGAGUUACGGUCCUCCAUUGAGGGGGGAGAGCUGACAGCAAAUAAAAAGGCGACUGGUGAGAGGCAGACUGUAUCACUUCUCAUGAAGACAAGUGCUCCUGAUGAUGGAUUUGAACUAAACAAACCUUUGGUUGCACCUUCAGCACUAGCCCUUGAAAAUGCAAGCCAUGAUGUAAAGGGAUUGGAGCAGAAGAACGCUGACAGCUUAAAAGAAAAUAGACAGGGUGAUAGUCCUGAGUUCUCUGUUAAGCCUGUUCAUCUUUCCCCUCUGCCCAGUUCUUCUCACUCUAUUAGUUCUUUCCAAUCUGAUGCUUCUGGCUGUAAUAGAGCAGAACCUACGAAAAAAGCUACAGCAGAGGGCUUGGGUACCAAAGUGGAUCCCUCUGGCAAGAAGAAGCUGCUCCAGGCAUGGGUUUCACCCUCUGAAACACAUCCCAAUCAGAAUCUGCAGAGUGACGGAACUUAUCCUGCUAAGCUCAGACUUCAUCCUGUGAAACCAAUGCAUACUACAACAAGCAAAUCAUCUGCAAAAAACCAGAGCAUAACAUCAAAGAUCUUGGAUAACCAAAAUGAAGCCGACAUAAAGAAAUAUGAUCCUUCAGAUCCCGCCUACGCUUAUGGUCAGCUGACACACAGCGAGCUGAUCCAGCUGGUCUUGAAGCAGAAAGAUGUGAUUGCAAAGCGAGAUCAGCAGGUGCGGGAGCUGGAAGACUACAUUGAUAACUUGCUUGUCAGAGUUAUGGAGGAAACUCUAAGGACUCUUGAUUGUUGUGGGCCUGCUCUUAGUAUGACAUGAACGGAUAUCACCCAUAGAUCUUGACGUUUCCUGAAUGGUGCACUCUUAAUUGCUCUUGAUACUGUACUAUCUCAUUUGCAAACACCAAAGAAUAGAAACAGCUAACUACACACUACAUGGAGUGUGGUGCUUGUUGAAUAGAUUUGUCUAUCUUCUGGCAUAGUGCUAAUUCUUUUGAUGAAAUCCUCUGGCUGAUGGUGUCACCUUGCCUCAACUAGGUCAAUGAUUUCAGGUGAUUGAAAGGGGAGGAACUGUUGUCUACCAUAUCUAAAAUCUUCAGGGCCUGUGGUGUUUUCACAUAUCUGUGGCUCCAUAAUAGCUGGAGCAUAAAGUCUGUAAAGGCAAACUUCUUGUGUGUAAAACCAGCAUUUAGAUGCUUGGGCAUCUUUUUAAAGCUAGUAUAUCUCAUUUAAAUGAACCAAAUUGCUUUUUAAAAACUUUAUUUUAAGAGGCUUCAUGUCUCUUUGCUCCUGCUGGAGCCAUAAGCACACAGGAUCAUGCUUUUGGGAACAAGUAUUUUAUUGAAAUACAGUUUUAUUGUGUACUAGAAAAUGUUUAUUCCUGAUGGUUAUAUGGUCCCAAAGUACAGUGGACAUUUGUGUUUAAUACAUAUUCAGUAGGAAUGGAUCUAGUAACAAAUAGUGUUGACCGUUUUAAUAGAAAUAGUACAGGACCAGCUUCCAGCAGAUUGUGAAAAUCUUCUAGUUUAUAACCUGACCUAAAAUUUCCAGGGACCACAGGGCUGUAGCUGGCAACACAAUGUGCCACAUGCAAGAGUGUUGUCACUGGGCCCAAAUCUGCUGACCAUUCUUCAUAUAAAGGUCUGCUCAGUUGUAUACAUUGUGAUGAGAUUUGGGCAAUACACAGCAAGGAUACCUUGCAAUCUGUGCCUUCUAAUUGGUACCUGUGACUUACGCAAUCCUGACAUCGAAAUGCUGAAUUUUGUGAAAAGUGUGGUACACUGUGAGGGAUAUUUCCCCUUGUGCAAACAUUUGCUCAGUGCUUAAUGUUGAAGGAUCUGAAUGUAUAUAUUCUGCCUUGAUACUCUUGGUACUUAAUCCCAUUGGGUUUUUGUUUUUUUUACGAAGACCUUCAUCCUUGUGAAAUGUUAAAAAUAAAGUUAUUUAAACUUGUGAGAA